AUCUUCAUCAUCUUCAUCAUCAUCAUCAUCAUCGUCAUCAACCACAUCGACCGCAUCAGCUCAUUCAUCGGUAGAUGUUCUUGAUUGCCUUUAACCGUGUCAAAUAGAAGUUCAUGAAAUAAAGAAAGAAAGACUUCUAGCGCUACGGUCUACUUAUACGUCGCCUUACCAACUAUCUAGGUAUCAAGCACUCUUAAAGUUCCCGAAAGACUUUGAUCUCUUCUGUUUCGAACUUCCAAGUGCUUACCAUUACAUGCUUUCAACCCGUUGCGUCCUUCGAACUGGAUUUGGAUACACUGUUCGAAUCCGUCAGCCAAUUUCCCGCAGCCCAAAGCUUACAGAAGCACUUUCAACAACGUCUAGAGACAUGGCUCAAGAAUAUAAACUUAAGGGCUUGGCUAGCCUUGACCUCAAGCCCGGAGAGAAGAGAGAAGUUGAGGUGGAGGGAAUUGACGAAGGGAAAGUACUGCUAUGCAAUGUUGGAGGCAAAGUAUCGGCAUUGGGCAGCAAAUGUACCCAUUAUGGAGCCCCGAUGGUGAAGGGCGUGUUGACUGGCGAUGGCCGAAUUACUUGCCCUUGGCACGGAGCUUGCUUCAACGCCUCAAACGGUGAUAUCGAGAAUGCUCCCGCUAUCGAUGCACUUCCUUCAUUCAAAUUGCAAGAGAAGAACGGCUCGGUCUACAUCACUGGCGAACAACAGGCGAUAAAGGGUAGCAGACGGAGGCCGAAUAUCAAGAUCUCAGGUGCUCCAAGUGCCGAAAAGGUUGUCAUUGUUGGAGGAGGAAGCGGUGCACUAGGUACAUUGGAAGGGCUCCGAGAGAAUGGCUACAAGGGUGGUAUCACCCUCAUCAGCAGCGAAGGAUAUCUACCCUUUGACCGAACAAAAUUGUCGAAGGCUCUGAUCGAUGACCACUCAAAAAUCGCUCUCCGAGAUGAAGCUUGGUUCAAGGAGGGCUCUGUAGAUGUCGUUUCUGAUGAAGUAACUGGGGUGGACUUCGAUAGCAAGAAGGUUGCUACUAAGAGUGGCAGUUCCUACUCAUAUUCUAAACUGGUCCUCGCCACUGGUGGAACUCCGAAAAGUCUUCCAUUGCCUGGCUUCAAAGAGUUGAGCAACAUCUUUUUGCUCAGGACGAUUCCUCAUGUCAAAGCCAUCAACGCUGCAAUUGGCGAUAAGCGUAAAAAGAUUGUCAUUAUCGGCAGCUCGUUCAUUGGUAUGGAAGUUGCAAAUGCGCUUGCGAAAGAUAAUGACGUGACGGUUGUUGGCAUGGAAAAGGCACCCCUCGAACGUGUUAUGGGUGAGCAGGUGGGUCAGGUGUUCCAGAAGUCGCUUGAAAAGAACGGGGUCAAGUUCAAAAUGUCCGCUGGAGUUGAAAAGGCCGUUCCAUCCCAGUCCGACUCGUCAAAGGUUGGAGGAAUUUCUCUCAAGGAUGGCACCACUCUCCCAGCAGAUUUUGUGGUUCUCGGUACUGGUGUUGGGCCUGCAACGACAUACUUAAAGGACAACAAGGGUGUCGAGCUUCAAAAAGAUGGUUCGCUCAUGACUGAUGAGCACUUUGCAGUGUCUGGACUGGAUGAUGUGUAUGCAGUCGGAGACAUCGCUACUUAUCCUUACGUACGUAUUGCUUUACCUUCACGUCUCUCACAACCUGAAUAUCUACAUUCUGCUGGUCCUUACUUCUGGGACAGUUGCACAAAGCAAGUACUUACAUCAUGAGUAGAACGGGCCUGGUGGUAAUGGUGCUCUGACAAGAAUCGAGCAUUGGAAUGUUGCCCAAAAUGCUGGCCGUAGUGUGGCGGCAAACAUCGUUGAUCCUUCUGCACCGGCGAAGCCGUUUAUCCCUAUUUUCUGGUCAGCGCUUGGCUCACAACUUCGCUACUGUGGCAACACUCCAAAUGGGUUCGAUGAUCUGGUUCUACAAGGCCAACCUGACGAAGCGAAAUUUGUGGUGUAUUAUACCAAAGGUGAAACUGUGGUUGCGGUUGGUACCAUGGGGAUCGAUCCUGUUAUGACCGCAUCUUCAGAGCUGAUGAGACGGGGCGCCAUGCCGACGAAGAGCGAGCUGAAGAACGGUGUUGAUGUUCUUUCGAUCAGUGUUCCAGCCGAGGUGAAGAUGUGAUGGAUCUGUCAGAGAGAAAGAUCGCCGUGGCAUCUAAUGAAGCAGGCGGUACAACGAACAUCAUACGAUUCACCGUAAUCUAGCAAUCAUUUCAUUUGAUAUCGCUCGUCGGUGAUUAUUCAAAUGAUUAUACAACUUCAUGAUCAAUGUCUGCUUCUCGAGAACGUUUCCUUGACACACACCAUUGCUCAUCGUCACAAAGAAUCAUCCGACUACAAAUUUGUGUUGCUUCCACCCAGCAGGUGGAAUCUUAGAUUCAUUUGACAGAGUGAUCCUCUAGACGAGCCGAGAUCUAUCCGAGGUUGCGGUUAGACCGGUAAUUGAGUUCUCAGCAUCUUUAUAAUUCGUGGAGUCAUCUGCAUUAUCCCUAUGGUAAAAGCAUCUUUGUGAUUGAUUGCUUAUCAAGCCUAAGUGGCAGCGAAGCACUUCAAUGUUGAUGGUGGAUGAAACCUGAACAUGUAGUCUUCACUUCCAGGUCAGGACUCUCUGAUUUGGAUUUGAACAGAACGCCAGAUUCGCAGUCGAUCAGGAGUGUCACAAACAAACCUUCCUAAUUUUGAUCUGUGAAAAACUAAAAUGGGUAGAGCCAAAUUCUGACCUGGCUGGUUUAGCGAUAUAGUGAUUUGCCUCGGCUGAAGCCAUUAAAGGUCGGGUUAACCCUCGUGGUAUUUGAAUUUCACUGUGGAUAAUAGUCUGUUCCCUUACUGUUGGCGCUAUUACUUACAGUCUGUGAAAGCACGUGUCACGCAAAAUUCUCACGGGGCUCCUUACCGAGAAUUACUAAAGCCUUCUUACUUAAUAAUUUUACAAGUAACAAAUAUAUCAGAAAAAGUGUUAUAUUGUAAUAACACUCUUUGAAAAUUCAAAUAUAUAAAAGGA